AUGUGUGCUAGUCCACCACCCAAAUACCGGGGAUCUGAAAUGCUCGUCAAGUUCUCGCAACGUAAAGGAAGACCAGCCAGCUCGACAACAGGCUUUAUGCAGAUUUGCAGUGUGAAGGCAAAAUACGGUGCGCCGAAAGGCCGUCGUCCUAAAACGGUAGCCCAUGACGAGUAG